AUGACUCUAGGUCAGUUGACAUUUUGGCUCAGGAAGGCCCAGGUACCUGUCGAGCCGGGAUUGUCAACGGCACAGCUGAUGUUGAUAAACGAUGAUCUUCGCCCAGAACGCCGUCAAUGGGGAUGGCUCAAUUUUGUUGCAUUUUGGAUUGCGGAUUCCUUAAAUGUGAACACAUGGAUGAUUUCAUCUUCAAUGAUAGUCGACGGAUUGUCUUGGUGGCAGUCGUGGCUUUGCGUUUGGAUUGGUUAUACUGUGUCAGCCGUUUUUGUUUACAUGUUGGGCCGAAUUGCUACCAUCUAUCGUAUUCCUUUUGCGGUGGCUAAUCGAGCUUCAUUCGGGAUUUGGGGUUCGUUAUGGCCAAUUAUCAACCGAGCAGCGAUGGCUAUAAUUUGGUAUGGUGUACAGACAUAUCUAGGAGGUGAAUGCGUGACGUUGAUGAUUGCUGCCAUCUGGCCGAGCUACAACAAUCUACCAAAUUCGAUUCCCACUUCAUCCGGGGUAACCACUAAGCAGUUCGUAAGCUUCCUGUUUUUCUGGUUGCUGUCCUUGCCGGCUCUUUGGUUUCCUAUUUACAAGGUCCGACACCUCUUUACGGUCAAGGCAUACUUUUCCCCAGCGUGUGCUAUUGCAUUCUUUGGUUGGGCAAUUGCUCGUGCCCACGGACUUGGACCGAUAAUUGACCAGUCCUACCAGGCUCAUGGCAGUGAUUUAGCAUGGGCAUUUUUGAAAAGUAUUAUGAGCUGUAUUGCAAACUUUGCUGCUCUGGUUAUCAACAAUCCUGAUUUCACGAGAUAUGCUCACGAUCCCAAGGACGCACUCUGGCCCCAGCUGAUCACAAUUCCUGUUGGAUUUGCGGUCACAUCGUUCAUCGGCAUCAUCGUUUCUUCAUCAUCUAGCGUUAUUUUCGGCCAAGCAGUUUGGAACCCUCUUACCCUUCUCGGUAUGUUUUUACAGGAUGCAAACUCUGCCGAGCGAUUUGGGAUCUUUGUUAUCGCAGCUGGAUUUGCCCUGGCACAGCUAGGGACUAACAUUGCAGCCAACUCCGUGUCAGCUGGUACGAAUCUCACCGCUCUUCUCCCUCGGUUUUGCACAAUUCGACGGGGAGGAUAUCUCUGUGCGGCGAUCGGUCUUGCUAUGUGUCCUUGGACCUUGGUUGAAUCUUCGAGUAAAUUCACCCUAUACCUCUCUGCGUAUUCAGUGUUUCUUUCCUCUAUCGCAGGGGUCAUGGCUAGUGACUACUAUCUAGUCCGUAAGGGCUUUCUUGACGUCCAAUCCCUGUAUAGCGCCCAACAGGGUGGCACUUAUUACGGAACCUUUGGUGUUUCUUGGUACGGUUAUGUCGCCUACAUAUUCGGUAUCUUGAUCAAUAUUGUUGGUUUUGCUGGCGCCAUUGGUGUCGAUGUUCCUAUGGGUGCCAGAUACAUUUAUAACGUCAACUACUUUUCGGGGUUCAUUGUCUCCGGGGCAGUGUAUUGGAUCCUAGCCUGGGCAGUUUUUAUUCCUGGAGCAAGUGACAUGUGGGACGAGGUGCCAUACGAACCGCAUCACAUGUCUGAAACAGAAGAGAAGAAAGUGGAAGAUAUUUAG